UAAUUUUGGCUGUAGAUAAGCUCAUUGCAGUCCUUAGCAUCUGCAUGGUGAAAUGGCUAAAUGCCAAGAGCAUGAGGAAGAAGAAAAAUUCACAGAGUUUCCAACAGAUGGGAUGAACUUUUUAAAGAAAAUUAGACAUUACAUGCCAAAUAUUAAGGACCUUCCAAGUAAUCUCUGGAAUUCUGUUCAAGAAGCACAAAAGGAUCUUGGUCUAAAUGAGGCAUCAAGGGACUUGAUAAAAAUUACAGAAGAAGCAAUGAGUAAAGCCUUGGAAGUCAGCAAUGAAGAUCUGAGGAUACUAGUCACUGGGAAGACAGGCCAAGGAAAAUCUACACUGAUCAAUGGUCUACUGGGAGCUAAAUUUGCCAGAGAAGGAGCUGGUGCUGCCAGGUGCACGACAGAAGUUGAAGUGUUUGAGAAGGAGAUCAAUGGCAUACCAGUUGUGGUUUUUGAUUCUCCUGGUCUCCAAGAUAACACAUCAAAAGAAGAGGAAUACAUAAGAAGUAUGAAAGAAACUUGCAAAAAGCUAAGUUUGGUCCUCUAUUGCACAAAAAUGACCAACACAAGAUUGGGAGAUGACGACAAGAAAGCAAUGAUUAAGUUAACUCAAGCAUUUGAUCAGGGUUUCUGGAAUCAUGCUGUCUUUGUCCUCACUUUUGCUAACAUGGAACAGGUUGACAGAAAGGACGAUAGAGAUAUAAAUGAGCCAUUAGAAGAACCACCCAUCCAUGACACAGCUGCUUGGGCGUCCUUAGAAAAAAGAAGAUUUAAGGGCAGAGUACAAAUAUGGAAGAGAGAGUUACACCAAUUCCUCAUCAAUGAAGUUAAAGUGGAUCCAUCAAUUGCUAAUAGCAUCCCAGUCAUACCAACUGGAGACCAUGUGGCAACAAGGAAUAAUCCAACCCCCCUCCGUCUUCCAGAUCGUGACAACUGGUUCCAAGAGUUAUGGGAGACUUGCAGCUUUCGAGUAAGGGAGCAGGGUCUUUUUCUCAAAAUUAAUAGUCAUCGUAUGACUGCUGUGGAUGAAGGAGAUGAUCAAAAGGAAAUGAUUGCUUUCCAAGGCGAUGAUGAUCUUCCAAAUGAAAGUAAGAAACCUAUAAAAAAAGCUGAAAUUGAAGGUCAACAAAAAGUAGAUGCAGAGAAGUCAGCACAAGACAUGCCACCUUCUAAGGCAAAAGUGGGCUCAAAAUGUGAUGUACCAAAAGAAAAACCAAUCCCUGAAUCCUUAAGUGACAAAGAACACAAGCAGGAUGAAUCAUCUAGUAUGUCACCUGUACAUGAUUCAAGAGCAAGGCUUAAGCCUCUUUUGACCAGCCAUCCUCGUCGACGUCCUCCACCUCCACCACCAAUGAGACCUCGAUCAGUUUCAUUUUCAAUAAUGCAAAGACGUGAAAGUUUAAAGAACAAUCAAAAUAGUAUUCUCAACCAAGACACAUAUCCAAAUAUACCAUGUGAAGAUACAUCAGAUGAGAAUAUAAUCACAGAGGAUAAUGAGACACCAAGCAUUAUAAAAUUAGAAGCUGAAAAAAAAUCAUCAGUAGGAUUUGAGCCACCCAUUAAAGUGACUACUGAUUAUGCCAACAAAAUGAGUGAAACACUACUUGAGAAAAAGCUUGGUCGCAUAAUGGCUCAGUUUCUCAUAGCUGCAUUUAAGCAGCUUAGUGUAAAGCCUAGUCAAUGGUUUAUCAAACAGCUUAGAAAAAAGAAAUUAGACACCGAACCAGAUGACAUUGAAAAUUUUUGA